AAUUAGUUGCAAACACGACCUCACGAUGGUUGGGUUAAGGCAAAUUGUCCUGUGUAUCACAUUACACGUGAUUUUCGCGGAUGCCGCGCGAAUACUGAUGGUAUUACCUGUACCAUCCAUCAGCCACCAGAUCACCUUCCGACCAAUCACCAUGGAGCUCGUCAAGCGUGGUCAUGAAAUUGUAGUGAUGACACCAGACCCAAUGUUCAAGAAAGGUGAAGCACCAGCGAAUCUAACAGAAAUUGAUGUCCAUGACUUAUCUUACGAGGCUUGGCAAGUCUUCAUGGAAUCUUCUAAAGGAAACAAAGAGGAUCUGAUUACCCAAAUGAGGGUCGCAUCGCAAAUGUUGAUCGAUUUGGUCGAUCUACAAUUACAAACUGAAGAAAUGAAAGAAAUUAUUAAAGGAAAGCAGGAAUUUGAUCUUUUGCUUGUUGAAGCUUGUGUACGACCAGCUUUGGCGUUUUCGCACGUAUACAAAGUUCCUCUGAUACAGAUAAGUUCGUUUGGAGCGAUAUUUGAUAACUACGCAGUGAUUGGAGCACCAGGACACCCUUUCUUGUACCCAAGUAGUAUGAAUCAGAAGAUUUAUAAUCUGACAAUAUACGAGAAGUUGUAUGAAUUGUACAAUAAUUACAUGAUUAAUAACCUGCUAAAUACUAUGGCGGUAGGAGAACUUAAAAUGCUGAAAAAACAUUUCGGACCAGACUUACCUGAUAUAUAUGAAUUGCAAAAUAAAGUUGAGAUGUUGUUUUUAAAUGUUAAUCCGAUUUGGGAGGGUAUUCGGCCAGUGCCACCGAGUGUUGUACAUUUGGGAGGUUUGCCCCAGAAACCGCAUAAGGAAUUGCCUCAAGAUCUGAAAACAUAUUUAGACUCUUCGAAACACGGUGUAAUCUACAUCAGUUUUGGUACGAACGUGAAACCCAGUCUUCUUCCUGCCGAAAAAAUUCAGACCCUUGUAAAGGUCUUCUCAAAGAUGCCAUACGAUGUUCUCUGGAAAUGGGACAAAGAUGAGCUGCCAGGAAGAUCAGCAAACAUCAGGAUCUCCAAAUGGCUACCACAGUCUGACUUGCUAAAACAUCCAAAAAUAAAACUCUUUGUAACACAAGGAGGUUUGCAAUCAACGGAUGAGGCUAUAACUGCAGGAGUUCCUCUAGUUGGAGUCCCUAUGCUGGGCGAUCAAUGGUACAAUGUGGAAAAAUAUGUCCAUCAUGGAAUCGGAGUGAAACUUGAACUGGUCUCUCUUACAGAAGAAACGUUCACCACUGCUGUAAACACUGUUAUUGAGGAUGAAAGCUACCGCAAGAACAUUAACAAACUAAGGACUCUAAUGACUGAUCAGCCUAUGAAGCCUUUGGAACGUGGUAUUUGGUGGAUAGAGCAUGUCCUCCGUCAUGGAGGAGCGAAACACCUCCGUGCCCCCGCCGCCAAUAUAACUUGGGCAGAAUAUCUGGAGUUCGAACUGAUAGCCGUUGUCCUUUCUGCUUUGUUGGCUGCUUUAGCCGUUGUCAUUGGCAUAGUCUAUAGUCUAUACAGUUUUGUGUCUAGGAACUUUAUUAUUAAAGCCAAAGUGAAAAGUAGUUAGUAUGUUAUGUUAUGUUCAAAAAUAGUUAUAAUAAUAUA